UACUGAAGAUGGCGAAAAUAUUUUCGGCAGUAUCAAACACGAAGUCGCUUCUGAAGACCGAAAACACCGGGCUCAACCAAUCCCUUCUAUUUCUGAGUGGCCUGAAAGUAUUUUGUGCCUACUGGGUUUUGCUCGAUCAUGAGUACAUCGCCCUUCAGGCAGAAUUUUUGCACAGCCCGUUUGAGUUGAUGCGACUGUCAUCGAAGCCUUGGUUCCAGUUUAUUACCAAUGGUGUAUUAAGUGUGUCGACAUUUUUCUUCAUGAGUGGUUUCGCCCUGUCUAUCUCCAUGGCUGGCUCAAAUUCAACCAUCCGUUCAUUCUGGGUGGCGGUUGCACGUAGAUACAUAAGACUUACGUUUCCAGUGAUGGUGGUUGUGCUCAUGGCGUUCCUUCUGCCCCUAAUUGCCGAUGGCCCGGCGGAUUCAGAACUACUGCUGCAGCAGCUGAGCGGCUGCUACACUAACUGGUGGGCAUUGUUGGUCCACUUUAAUGAUUUCUUGCCUCAGAAAAAGAUGUGCUUAACCCACUUAUGGUAUGUUGCUGCUGAUAUGCAAAUAUUUCUAGUGGUCGCCCUCCCAAUGGUGGUGCUUCUAAAUCGGAACACAAAAGCAAGCCUUGUUUUAGUUUUCGUGACGUGUGUAACAUUUGGAAGCAUGGCUGCCGCGCAAACAUACUUUUGGCAUCUGUUCCAUGGAAUUACCUUCGGAAACAGCGAUGUGAGGCGGUUUUCGAACACGCUGGAAUACGUACACUUCAAGCCGUUUGUCCACAUCCCGACCUACGUCUGUGGGACUGUUUCUGGUUUUCUCUGCAACAAAGUGAAAGGAACACUCCUGCGACAGAGAACACAAGCUCUUUGUUGGUUGCUGUCCGCCUGUCUUCUUUCUUCGGUCAUGUUUGUGACAAUUCCGUGGAAUGAUGGUCGUUUCCCCGCUGAAUCUGUUACUGCCCUGUACGGAGGUUUCCACAGACUUGUGUGGGCUCUGGGCCUGUCUUGGCCAUUUAUUGCCUGCGCAACUGGAAGAGGAAGUUUUUUCUACAAAUUCUUGGCAUGGAAGGCGUUCCUGCCGCUGUCACGGCUCACUUAUGGAAUUUAUCUCACACACCUUCUCUUUCAUCUGCUACGCAUGGCCAAUACGAAAACACCGAUAAAUGUGGACGAGUUCUUACAACUGAGAAAUUCCAUAGGAACAUUUGGCCUCAGCGUUGCGUUGGCGUACCUGCUGUAUAUCAUUUGCGAUGGCCCAACGCAGCAGAUUGAAAGACUUCUCUUCAAGAAGACAGCGACGUCACGUCCAGGAAAUGAAGCUGCAGCAAAACCCUGUGCUGAGGUGGUCAGCAAUGGCUCCGCCUAAAAUCGGAGAUAGUGUACUGUUUCUUCUCUCAUUUCCCAUGACCAUAGUGUUCAUUGUUCCUCCUGCUUAAUUAAAUAAAUAACGAAGUGGCAGCAACGAAAUUUUAUAUUGGUAUUGCUAACGUCCUGAGUGUUCCUACAGUCGGUAAUGAACUUUUAUGUGUCAUA